CUGAUGGAGUCUCUGCUCAGGUUUCCCUUCUGGACCUCCACCUUCUGCCUCUACCUGUCCUGGACUCAGGUUCAAGCAGCAACAUUUGUAGUGAAUGUGACACAGAGCUCCUAUCAGGCAGAGGAGAACCACAACAUCACUCUGGAGUGGACCUUCACCUCCAGACCCAACAGAACCAGGACCAUCUACUGCUGUGUGUUGACUCUUCCCAGAGAAAUAAUCCUCUAUUCAGUCUAUGAAGAUGUUGAAGAGACAGAGUUUACAGAUGAACACUUUAAAGGACGAGUCCAGAUGGACAAAGACGUCCUCAGAGAAGGACGGAUCAGGUUCCAUCUGUCCAGACUGAGGACUGAAGACUCUGGACUGUAUUUAUGUUACAUCAGGACUGACUAUGGGAGAGGUUCUGCAGUCAGCAACGUUACAAUCACUGAGACGGUUCCUCAGAGAACCAGUCCAACCCCAGAGGAAGAGACCAUCAGAACCGGUCAGCGCUCCAGGCUGCUGCUCUGUCUACCUGCUGCUGUUUUCUUCUUCUUCUUCUUGGUUGGUUUCCUGUGUUACUUUAGAAAGUUCCCUAAAAACAACAAGUUCUGUCCUCUGCACCAGAUCUAUGUUCAUGCAGACAGGAACUCUGCAGAAAGGGAUUCAAACCAGCAGCUUUACCCUCCUGGAGAAGAUCUUCAUCCUCUUCCUCAGUCUGAUUCUGGUCAGUCUGCUCUGCAGAUGCUCAUCUGAUCUUAAACUGGGAUCUAAGUUCAGGUUCUGACUGGUUCUCUUUGUUCUCCUGCAGGAUCCUCCUCUAACUGCAGUCCCGGACCUUCAGAGAAGAAACUGGAAUGGAGCAGAAAACUCAGAGAUCUUCUGGUAGCUCCUCAGGUUCUGUUCAGCCUCAGGAAGAGCUAGAGCAGAGAGUUCAUGGUUCCUUAUUUCUGGGAGGAAAACCUGAGCUGAUUUCUCCUUCAUGCCUCAUGGAGUCUGCUUGGAGCACAAACUGAUGGAGAACUUUAGAAGCUGGAGCUCCUGUUCUGGAUGGACUCAGCCUUUGCACUGUUUGACAUAACUGUUUAUCAAUACACUAUUCUGAUCUGGAAUCAUGUUUAUUUUUAAGGGUUCUCCCUCAUGGGGGGGAAUGAGUUUUUGGAACUUGAGAUGUCUACUCAUCAGACCAAAGCACAGAUUUCCAUCGCUCUAAUGUUCAUUCCUUGUGUUCUUUAGCCAAAGUAAGUCUCUUCUGCUUGGUGCCUGUCCUUAGCAGUGGUUUCCUAGCAGCUAUGAAGUCCUGAUUCACACAGUCUCCUCUUAAUAGUUGUUCCAGAGAUGUGUCUGCUGCUAGAACUCUGUGUGGCAUUGACCUGGGCUCUACUCUGAGCUGCUGUUAAACUCCCAUUUGUGCUUUAUAUAAAACAUUUUAAUCACUUAAAGCACUUUAAAAAUACAAAAAUGAAGUUGAUUAUUUAGAAAGAAGAGAGAAGGUUCAGGGAAAUUAACUUAAGUGACUUGU